AUGUCACGGCUAGCUGUUGACCUCUUCAACGACAUCUCUCCCAACUCUACCUGCAUCGCUGCCACCGGGGAGGUCCUGAGCACUCCACAACGUGGUUUAUAUAGAGAGGAGAAGCCUGCAGUCUCUCAACAUCUAGAUCUCUGCCAGUCCACCACCAUGUACCUGCACCUCCUCAUCCUCCUCCAACUCCUUUCCUCUGCUGGGGCCUCUGAGAGUGGUAUUGUGGGGGGUAAGGAAGCUAAGCCUCACUCCAGGCCCUAUAUGGUCUCUCUGCAGCACAGAGGACGCCAUGUUUGUGGAGGAAUGCUCAUCCAGAAGGACUUUGUCCUGACUUCAGCACACUGCUUAAGAGAUGUAUUUCCUUUAACGGUGGUCCUUGGCGCUCACAACCUAACCAAAGAAGAGAAGAAGAGUCGGCAAGAGAUUCAAGUGUCACUGUACCAUCGCCACCCCUUACAUCAGAAUAUAACUCAGUACAGUUACGACAUCAUGCUACUGAAGUUACAGACCAACGCUGUUCUGAACGAGUAUGUGAAGGUCAUUGGACUCCCCAAUAAGGUUAAACAUAUCCCAGCCAGAACCACGUGCUCUGUCGCUGGCUGGGGAAAGACUGAACCAGAUAAAACAUCUCGUGCUGCGAACGUUUUGAUGGAAGUUGAAGUCACGAUGCAGUUCAACUUUGAAUGCCUAAAUAAGUUGAGGGAAUACUUUAUAAGUAGCCAAAUGAUAUGCACUGAUGAUGGACAGAAAGGCUUUUGUCAGGGAGAUUCAGGUGGACCUGUUAUUUGCAAGAACAAGAACGUGGCACAGGGUAUUGUUGCUUUUUUUGGUAAUUCACUGAAAUGUGAUGAUCGUAAGUUACCCCGUGUGUACAUGAACAUUUCCUUCUUCACGUCCUGGAUUGAACAGGUGAUUAAGGGAUAGCUUUAAAAAAAAUAAACGUCAAGCAUGCAUAAGUAGAUAUAUCAUAAAUGCAUAACAUGCUGUGUACGAAUAUACAGCUAACUGCCAAAACAGUUGAAACACUUGAGUAAAUGAGGGAUACAAAUUAAGACACGUUAUGUUGGUGAUUCCUUUAUUUUGGCAGUUACCUGUACAUGUCUGCUUAAUGAUGCACAUUGCAUAUUGUAUGUUUCAUAGAAUAGGAAUCAAAGAAAAUGUCUCUAAUCAGAUUUUAUUUUCUUUCAAUUUUAAAACAGUUAUUCAGAUUGGUGUAGCUGUACAGUACUGGCAUGUCCCACAUUCUCUGGUUCUGUUGAUAAAUUACUGUUUUUACUACAAUUAAAUUAACGUUUUUCUAAAGCCAAAUCUCUGUGGAUUUGAACCAGGAUCUCUAGUGGCACAGCUAUACUUCAUUAGUGCCUUAGA